AUGGCUGCUGCUGAUAACCAAACCCGCCUUAUUCACUCAGUGUCCAAAGUAGGCAUCAUAGGGGCUGGUAUUAGCGGAAUUGCUGCAGCCAAACAGCUUUCAGGUCACAGUCCUGUGGUGUUUGAGGCCACUGAUUCGAUUGGGGGUGUUUGGAAACACUGCUCUUACAAUUGUACCAAACUCCAAACCCCUCGAUGCGAUUUCCAGUUUUCUGACUACCCUUGGGCUGAGAAGGACAAUUCAAGCUUCCCUUCUCACGUUGAGGUCUUGGAUUAUUUGUAUGGCUAUGCCAGACACUUUGACGUGUUGAAAUAUGUCAAGUUUGAGUCCAGGGUGGUGGAAAUACGUUAUGUUGGUAAUGAUCAAGCUACCCAGCUGCCUGUGAGUUUGAAAUCAGGGCAGUAUGGGAGCCUUUUGACAGGCCAUCCUGUUUGGGAGGUCGCCGUUCAGACGUCCGGCGAUCCAAACACCAUUCAGUGGUAUGCAUUCGAGUUUAUUGUGAUUUGCAUUGGGAAAUAUGGAGACAUACCAAGAAUGCCAAGUUUCCCUCGCAACAAAGGUCAAGAAGUAUUUCAAGGCAAAGUCUUGCACUCCAUGGAUUACUCUAAGCUUGACAACGAAGCCGCUCGUGAGCUCCUCAAGGGCAAGAAGGUUGCAAUUAUUGGCUUCAAGAAGUCAGGCAUUGAUUUGGCUAUGGAGUGCGCCGAGGCAAACCAAGGACCCGAUGGGCAAGCAUGCACAAUGGUGAUAAGGAAUUUGCAUUGGACUGUUCCAUCUUACUGGAUUUGGGGACUUCCAUUUUUCCUGUUUUAUUCAACAAGGUCUUCUCAGUUCCUACAUGAAAGGCCAAACCAGAGCUUGUUCAGAGCCCUGCUUUGCCUUCUUGCAUCCCCUAUGAGGAUGGCAAUUUCCAAGUUCAUAGAGUCAUAUUUGGUGUGGAAGCUUCCACUUGUGAAGUAUGGACUGAAACCAGAUCACCCAUUUGUGGAGGACUAUGCUUCUUGCCAGAUGGCUAUUUUGCCUGAGAGUUUUUUUGCUGAGGCAGACAAGGGUAAAAUAUCGUUCAAAAGGUCACCAAAGUGGUGGUUUUGGAACGGAGGAAUUGAGUUUGAAGACAACACCAAAUUGGAAGUUGAUGUUGUGCUUCUUGCCACAGGCUAUGAGGGAAAGAAGAAGCUCCAAUCUGUGUUACCUGAGCCUUUCCGCAGUCUCGUGGUUGACUCUUCUGGGACAAUGCCCCUGUACAGGGGUACGAUCCAUCCAUUGAUUCCCAACAUGGCAUUUGUGGGGUUCAUAGAGAGUGUUUCUAACCUGCACACAGCAGAGUUGAGGGGCAAAUGGCUAGCAAGACUAGUUGACAAUGAAUUCAAACUUCCCACUGUCCAAGAAAUGCUUGACCAGAUCAGCAGAGAGAUGGAGGUGAUGAAGAAGACGACCCGGUUUUACAAGAGACACUGCAUUUCCACUUUCAGCAUCAACCACAGUGAUGAGAUAUGCGAGGAGAUGGGAUGGAAGUCUUGGAGGAAGGACAACUGGUUUUCAGAAGCUUUUAGCCCCUAUAACAGCCGAGACUAUUGCGAAGAAGAAAACGAUAAUUAA